AUGUGGUCGAUAUGGGUACGUAGUGGUCUGAAGCCGGCUUCGGAACUACACAGCAUACGGUCGUUGUUCCAAUCACAGAACGUUGUCAUCAGAAGGUCGUUGACGGUGACGCGGGUGGUGGAACAGAAGCGGUUUCCAGAUUCUCAUAGGUCCAACAAGUCCGGUAACAGAGAUACGAUGUUCUACGUGAUGAGUAUUGGAGUUGUCGCGAUUGGGUUGACAUUUGCUGCCAUUCCCUUAUAUAGGAUGUUCUGUGAAGCUACUUCGUUCGGUGGUUUAACGCAGGUAAAAUAAUGUCACAUUUUAUAUGAAUUUUGUUAAUCAGAAACGAUAUGUUUAUGUUGUUUUAGGUAGCCAAAGACUUUGACAAGAUAGAGAAGAUGGAUCAGAUAAAGGACAGACUAAUUAAGGUACAGUUUAACGCAGAUGUCCCUUCAUCGAUGCAAUGGCAUUUUAAACCACUACAAAAGGAAAUAUACGUGCAUCCAGGAGAAACAGCUUUGGCUUUCUUCUCUGGUAAGUUAACCAAGAUUAGGAUGAGGUACUAAAUAUGUUUCCAUGCUAUACCAACCUAUUAAAUUCUAAAGUAAGUAUUUGACUGAUCAAAACUUUACAAAACCUUAAAAAGAAAGAGUAUAUUAAAAACAUUCUGCACACUUUUUGAUAAUUAAAAUAUCGUAUUUGUAGAAAAUACUUCGUAUUUUGCAAUACGUUAGGUCUAAACUGACCUUUGUCCGUCUCUUUUGUCUAAUUUCUAAAAACAAUCAUGAGAAGGUGUGUUACAAGUAGGAAGUUUCCGUUUUAUUUACAAAAGCCAUUCGAAAAGUCAGUUAAAAGUCGUAGAAACAAUUUUACAAUUGAGGCCUUAACUGGUUGAUCUUUGAGAAUCGGUAAACAAGCGGCAUUACACUGUCGUUGUAUGGUUAACUUAGGUUAAAGGUAACAAUCUCGCGUGUUAUUGUUGUUUUCGUAGAACAUUGCAAAGAAUUCGAACCGCGAAGUUACAAAAAGUCACAGAAGCAAGCUGUUUUUGAUAUUGUUUUAGUUUUUGAACUAGACAAACAACUUUUAAAAGUGCAUUGUAAGGAAUUUUGAAAAUUUUGAAGUGAUUUUUUAUUCUCUGAUAGCCUUGCGAAGAUGUAAUGCCAAUCAGAUGAAUUAAUUUUUUUGGGCCUAAAGUUAAAAAAAAUUGUUUUUUCUCAUAUUUCUAGAAAUUUAUUGACCACCUAACAUACCUUGAAGUAUAUUUCUUAACCAACUUCCAAUAAUGCCAUUUUCAGCCAAGAACCCCACGGACAAGCCCAUCGUCGGGAUCUCUUCGUACAACCUGACCCCCUUCCAGGCCGCCUACUACUUCAACAAGAUUCAGUGUUUCUGUUUCGAAGAGCAGAUUCUGAAUCCGGGCGAGGAGGUGGAACUGCCCGUCUUCUUCUACAUCGACCCCGAUUAUGCAAAUGACCCGACCCUGGAGAACUUGGACCAGAUCCUCUUGAGCUACACGUUCCACGAAGCCAAAUCUGGCCUUCAGUUACCGUCCCCGUUCGACCCCAACAAUCGACCGAGUGUAGCGAUCGAUUUCGGGAAAAAGGCUGUACAGUAA